AUGAAUGCGGAGCGGCGAGGAGGGCUUGGAUAUCAUCCGGGCCCUCCCUCCCAGCACCAGCAUCGCGAGUUCCAUCCACACCAGUACCAUCACGCGCCGCAAUCGCCCAUGCAUCCCAACAUGCAGCAACAUGCCUACUACGCGCAGUAUUAUGGACAUCCACCUCCACCGCCGCCGCAGUACCGAUGGCAGCAGCAGCCGCCCUACCCGAUGCAGCACUACGUCCCACCGCCACCGCCUCAGAUGCCGCCGCAGUACGCGCAGCAGCGAUCGCCCAUGGUCGUCUCGUCGCAGCCACACGUGCUGCCUGCGACUCCCGUCACACGACAGCCGAACCCGCUGCCGCCCACGCCACACUCGAUGCAGUCGCCAAGGUCUAUCCCGCCCUAUGUCCACCAGCAGCCUCCCAUCGUCUCGUCCACCCCAGCGCCCGUUCAGGUUCCCAAGCCGGAGGAGCGAUCCUUGACGCCACCACCGCCGCAGGUACCUCGACGAACCUCGACCACUCAGAAUCCGUUGAGUAUGCCCGCAGAGUACAAGCAGCCGUAUUGGCCAGAGUUGCCAUGGUACUCGGUUCCCGAGUCUCGCGCCGAUUUCCCUGCCCRCGCCACAUCUCGACGACGCCGGCGACGGAAUAUUCACGGACGCGAUGAUGCCGUUGCCCUGCCUGAGCUGCAUGCAAGAGAGAGUGUCGAGGGCGAAAGCAUAACCAAGAAAGACGAACCUGCAGGCAAGGAGGAGAAACCAGAAGAGCAGCCCCGAUAUCAGGACGCAGCAACAGCCACGGUCGAGUCGCAAGCGCUUUCUGCCGAGGAUGCCUCGUCCGAGACAUCCACGAUUGCUGCGCCCUCCGAGCCGGAAACACCCGCUACCUCCCAGGCGCCUUCCGAGAGCGACUUUGCACAGGCAUCAACGCCCGCAGUUCCGGCUCAAGUCGCUCACGUCUCCCCCAAGCCUGCUCCGUCUCAGCAACACGCACGAAGCAGUACUCGAACGGCCAUCGCUGUGCCGAAUAUUGCCGGUCUACCUAGAGCGAAAGAGGCUUCGCCCCCAAGCACUGCCGGCCAGGGAGCGGCACCAAAGAACGACAGCGUGGAAGAGAAUAAGACAGAAAACGUUGCGGCCAGCGAAGAUUCCGCAUCACUCGAGCCAAAAGCCGCUGAAGCAGCAUCUCCUGCAACUGAGCCACCCAAGCCGGCGGCGCCGAAGUCGUGGGCUGAUCUUGUCAAAGUCAACAAGCCGAAGUCUUCUGUCGGCACUACUAACGGACAAGCUGUAGCUAGCAGUGUUCAACUCCCCAAGACUGCACCGCUGGCGGACGCCCUCCGGCAGUACAGUGUGCAGAGCGAUGCGAAGCUGGCRUUUCUGGAGCCGAGAGGCCUGGUCAACACCGGCAACAUGUGCUAUAUGAAUUCGAUUCUCCAAGUCCUGGUCUUUUGUGCGCCUUUCUACAACUUCUUGGAUCAGGUCCGAGAGCGUACUGUUCAUUCGAUGAAGAGUGAUAUCCCACUUGUUGAUGCGWUGAUUAUGUUCAUGAGAGAGUUCAAGGUUUUGGCAGGCGCAGAGUCGGCCGAUGUUUUGCGCAAGAUGCUCAAGCAGGAUCAGGUUGAGGUCUACGGCGACCCGGUGACCCCGGAGUAUGUCUAUGACGUGAUUCGCAAGCUGCCCAGAUUUGCGAGCAUGAGGAGAGGACAUCAGCAGGAUGCUGAAGAGUUCCUCGGAUUCUUGCUCGAAGGGCUGCACGACGAGUGUGUGCACGUCAUGCAGGGCCAACCCGCCGAAGUUCCCCAGGAGAACGGCAGCGCAUCUCCGACCACAUCACCAGGAUCCGGAGACGGAUGGCUCGAAGUUGGUCCGAAACAAAAGGCCUCCAUCACUCGCACCGCUGGUCAGCAAGAUGCACCAUCGCCAGUCACCAAGAUCUUCGGCGGCCACCUGCGCUCCGAGCUCCGAGUGCAAGGGUCCAAGGACUCUGUCACCCUCGAGCCGUACCAGCCUCUGCAGCUGGACAUUGGAGCGUCCCAUGUCAACAACAUUGUCGAUGCCCUGAAGGGAAUCACUCGAGCCGAGACACUGACGGGCGAUUUUGGAGGCCGAGCCGGUUCGACCGCAAAGAAGCAGGUGUUCAUUGAUACCCUUCCACCAGUGCUCAUCCUCCACCUCAAGCGCUUCCAGUACGACAAUUCCCAGGCCGGCACUCAGAAGAUCUGGAAGAAGGUCGGCUACCCUCUUGAGCUGGAGAUUCCCAAAGAAGUCUUUCCACCAGCCAAGCGCAGUGGUCUGGCUCUGAAGGGGGGACUCCCCAGAUACCGUCUUACAGGCGUCGUGUACCAUCACGGGAAGUCUGCCGCCGGUGGUCACUACACGGUUGAUGUUCUGCGCCAGGACAGCCGAGAGUGGGUGCGCAUGGACGACACUGUCAUUCGUCGGAUUAGACCCGAGGAUGUGGCCGAGGGCGGUUCAGAGGAAGACCCCAAGUUGCUCGCCAAAGCGCUCGAGCAGCACAAGGCCGACGCGGACAUGCAGAAGCAACGCAACAUCUAUCAGGGUCUGGACGAGGCCGAGAAGGAGCCCGAAGAGGAGAAACCAUGGGCGGAAGUCAAUGGUCAUGCGAAGAAGUGGAGCGGAGUUGGCUCUGCUGCUGCUACGAAUGGAACCGCCACUCCCGCGAGCACCAAUGGCAAGAGGACCCCUACUGCGGCGAAGAGCCAAGGCGUACGCGACAACAAAGUCGCAUAUAUCUUGCUGUACGAACGCAUGAGGGAUUGA